ACGUGUUGAUCAGUCAAAAUACAACAUUGAUAAACAUUCCAGUGAAUCAGUUUUUUAGGAGCAUUUUUGUGAGUUUUCCUGGCCCCGGAGAACCUGCCCUAGCACUUGUUCCAAUCAAGGGAUAUCAUGGCCACUCUGACACGUAAAACUGAGGUUCGACACCUACCCGCAGCUGAUAUGUUUAGGAUUGCCCAACAACUCGAUUCAUCCCAAAAUUGGAAGAAGUUGAUGCGGAUUAUUCCCAAGAAAUUGGAGAAUGAUGACGAGAUUGCAAUAUUUGGUGGGAAAUACAAUGCUGAGCAUAUUAAGAUAAUUGAGAAUAACAAGGGAAGUCGCCUGGCAGCUGAGGUUCUCAUGGAAGAAUGGGGAACAUCUGGGAGAAUUCGACCCAAUCUUUCACAUCUCUUGCAGCUUCUUGUAAAAGCUGAACUCUUUCGUGCAGCUGAUUACGUAGCUUGUGAUCUACUCAACGAACCACGACCAAAACGUCCGGAAAAAGGUCCAGCGGCAAAAAUUGACAUUACUUUGCCACCAGAUGAGGAGCUUGCUGAAAUAGGAGCAAUCCUAUCGGAUAUGACAUAUCCCAAUUCAUCUGGGAUCAACAAUUUACAGAGUCAACUGGACAACAAUCGAGAUUUCUACGACAAGUGGAUGCCAAAAGACCAACAGAAGUUUCAUCUUGAACCUCUUGAACACUCUACUAGGGCAUUAACUGAGAAUUUAAUACAAUUCUCCAGGUCAAGUGUAUCCGGAACUCAGGAAGCUAAUCUAUCUAUUCAUUCGGAUAUCGUGGGAAAUGAUGGGAUUGUCCUGGUUGGUGGUGAAGAUGGUCCCAGCAAUAAUUCCAGGAAUGUCCCAAGUAGCAUUGGUACUCUAUCCACUGAUAUUCCUGAUACAAUAAGUACCAAUUCUCGAAAUGACACUGAACAUUCCGAUGUGGUGAACGACGUUCUCCCCGAUGUCAGUAUUCUACGUGUUCACAGGGAGGACUCCCCUGCGGAAGAGCCAAAUGACAUCAUUCCACGUUUUAGUUUACUAAUGCCACACGCGGAUGAAAACAAAUCUAAAGAUUCGAUUCUAGACAGCACGAGUUCAGUGGACUCUUCUUCAUCUUCUUCCCAAUCAACGAGUGAAAUUAUAUCCAACAAUAGUAUUCCAAAUCUUUCACUGCUCCAAGGAAAAUGAUUUACAUUUAAAAUAAAUUAAAGCUCUUAAGGAAUUUUGAAAUUCAGAACUAGCAAGUUGAUUCGGAUCUUCUUCAACCAUUCUUCUACAAGAGAAUAUUUUUUAAGGAAAAGAAAACAUUCCUCAGCAAGUAAAUUCGCAUGCCUUAGUGAUCAUCAAAGCCUUCAAACUUGUGAAUAAAAUGUAAGAAAAAGUUGGUAAUAUUAUGGAAUAUCAACAACCGUUCAGGUGCUAUAACAACGAGUUUUUCGUUUUUUUAUGAAGUGCAAUUAAAGGAGAAAAGGUGGCAAAAAUUUA